CAAUCACAGAACCUUUCUCGUCAGCUCACCGGUGGUUCGUACGCGGUUUAGUUUUACCAACUGACUACAGUUUGUCCAACCUGUUUGUCACUUUACACUCAUUAUGGCCACGCGAGUCCGCCCGAGUAGUAAACGGUGUGCAGUCAUCGGAGGGUCAGGUUUCCUGGGCAGACACCUGGUGGAGAAGCUUCUGGAGCGAGGUUGCUCUGUGUCCGUGUUUGACAUACGUCAGAGCUACGAGCUGCCAGGGGUCUCCUUCCACCAGGGAGACCUCUGCGACAAACAGGCUCUGCUGCCAGCUUUGAAGGAUGUGUCCUUGGUCUUCCACUGUGCCUCCCCAGCCCCUGCCAGUGAUGACCGUGGGCUGUUUGAGAGGGUCAAUAUUCAGGGCACACGCAUCGUCAUUCAGGCCUGCAUCGAGGCUGGAGUUCAGAAAUUGGUCCUGACGAGUAGUGCCAGUGUGGUGUUUGAAGGGACUGACAUUAAGAACGGGAGAGAGGAUCUGCCAUACGCCACGAAGCCCAUCGACUAUUACACAGAGACCAAGAUUGAGCAAGAGAAGCUGGUCCUUGAGGCCUGUGACAAAGAGAAAGGUUUCCUCACAGUUGCAAUCCGGCCUCAUGGCAUCUUUGGCCCUCGGGACCCACAGCUGGUUCCUAUCCUGGUGGACACAGCUCGCAGGGGGAAAAUGAAGUUCAUCAUUGGUGAUGGGACCAAUCUGGUAGAUUUCACCUUUGUUGAGAAUGUGGUUCAUGGGCACAUCCUAGCAGCUGAACGCCUCAGACCGGACUCCCCAAUUUGUGGAAGGCCCUACCACAUUACAAAUGACGAGCCAGUCAGAUUCUGGGACUUCAUGUCAGAGGUGUUGGUUGGUCUCGGAUAUGCUGCUCCCCGUUACCACCUCCCCUACUAUCUUGUGUAUGGAAUAGCCCUGCUACUCUGGCUGCUCGCUCUGAUCCUGCGACCUUUAGUGUCCUUCAAACCCACUUUUACACCCAUGAGAGUGGCCCUGGCUGGAACCCACCACUACUAUAGCUGUGACUGCGCCAAGCAAGAUCUGGGCUACCAACCAGUAGUCAGUCUGAAGGAAGGGAUCGCACGCACAGUGGAGAGCUACCCCCAUCUCAGACAGGGGGCUUGACUGGAGGCAAAGACUGUGGGCAUCAGUGCAGGAUGAUCAUGUCAAACUGAAUGGACAAUUUGAAAUGAGGGAACAAAUGACUUUACUGAAUCGCCACAUUGUAUUUUGUUUUUGUGCCUUUUCAACAGUUAUGCACUUUUUUAACCAGCAGAUGGCAGCAUGCCAUAUUUCUUUACGUCAACACACUACAGUCCGUUAAUGUAGAGGAUGUUAAGCACUUGGUGAAAGUACUGAAAUAUUCUGAUCUGACUCUGUGAAAACUACAAACAUGUACAAAUAUUUCUCUACCAUUCUUGUGUGUUUAAUCUAUGUGCUGCACACCUUAAUGCAAUCUGCAAAGAAAGGCUAUUCUGCGCUUUUUUUUUAACAUACCACCGGCAGAUCUACUUCCAUAAACUCAUUGGUUUAAAUCUCUUUUACUCAUAUGGGGUGCAGCAUCCAUGUUUCUUAAUUUAAUUGAGAAGCUUCCAGCGAGUGGAAGUAGCAGUCAAAGGCAGAAUAUUUUUCCCAUGGUACAGAGCAGGGGUCAUCAACCAAAUUCGUACAAGGGCAAGAUUUUGAUUUGGCAGACGCUGUGGGGGCCAGUCUUUCAAAUGAACCAAAUUAAACAAGUAUCUUGAUCUAAUUAACAUAUUGUGUUGGUAUUUGAAUUUCCUUCAAUUUCUAGGCAUAAACAAUGGCAUAAGGCCCUACCCUCCUAUAGCACAGCAAGCCACAAGGAAGUGUUUGAAAUUUAGCUCUGUCCUGAUUGGUGAGACACAUAUGCAGGAAAUGGCUACUUUCUUUUAAAUCUCAGGCAGAGAGAACUGCACCCCCCUAGAAGCCUGAAAUGGCAGGUUAACAAAAACAAAACAAAAAACAGGACUUGGCUGAUAAGUAUGUGUUUAUCAGUAUCAUAACUACUAAUAAUGGCUGUCAGGGGGGAAGGGGGUUCUGUAGAAAUGGGUCAAACAUCAGUCAUUCCUGAUUGAACUGUGUCAAUAUUGAUCAUUUUUGGGGUUGAUAUAAUAGCUGUAUGGACAUAAAGCCAAAGAUGCCCUUAAAUUAUAGGCUGAAUUUAAUCAUCUUAUUUAUAGCCCAUGGGCCACUGGUUGAUGAUCACUGGUAGAGUACAAUUUUGGCAAGUCUGGCCACUAGACUAUGCUUACUGUACAUGGGAACUGUUUUUGGUGGCUAAAACUGACCCGUCCUAUUCUGACCACUUACUGUAUAUUCAUGUAGACAACAUGUUUCUGUCUCAUUCUGUUUUGGAAGAGUAAAGCCAAAAUACCCUCAUAUCAUCGACAAAGCUGUUGAUCGUCACGUUACAUCUGCUCUUUUUUUUUUUCAUCAAAUAACUGAUUAAAAUAACACUCGUGGACACUUGGA